AUGGAAAGCAUAGAUGUUAAUAGGUUUCAAGUUUAUCCUUCUCAAGUACAAUCAGUGAGGCUUAUAUUUGAAAGACACCCUGAAACUGCAGUAGAAUUCCGCGCAAAGAACCAGCAUCUGAGGACAAGAUAUAUAAACUUCCUGCUUAGCUUAAUCGAGACGCUGUACCAGCCACUUCAGGAGCUUUCCAGUGAAGAUCUAGUGGAAGCGGACAUAGCCUUAACGUACUUGAAAGAUGUGGGAUUUAAGGUGGAUUGGUUGGAGAAUAAUCUGGACCUACUAAAGGCAAGGAAGGAGAAAGAGAGGGCUUGCGAGGCACGAGUACAAGAAAUGGAGGUACAACUUCAUGACUUGAAGCAUAAGUUUGAGAUUGAAAAGGCAGAGUUGUCUGCAGCUAGAGCUCCUCUCUCCUUUGAUGAUUUUGUUUGA